UCUCCUUGCAGUGGAUCACUGUGACAUGCUGAACAGCUGUCCUGAGGACGAACCAAUGACACCCAGUGAGGAAUGUCUGGAUGCCGCUACUGACGAGUCCCUGCUGGAGACCAACCCCAUCCAGUCACCGCUGCAGGUCUUCGCAGGCAUGGGCGGCCUCGCCCUCAUUGCAGAGAGGCUGCCCAUGCUCUACCCUGAUGUCAUUCAGCAGGUCAGUGCCCCAGUGGUGCCCUCCGCCACACAGGAGAAGCCCAAGGACAGUGACCAGUUCGAGUGGGUAACCAUCGAGCAGUCCGGGGAGCUGGUGUAUGAGGCGCCAGAGUCUAUUGCCACCGAGCCACCCCCUAUCAACAAGCAGCAGUCUCAGUCGUCCUCGUCAUCAUCAUCCUCAGUGCAAACGAUGUCACCCAUCCCUGCUCACUCACUGGCUGCUUUCGGCCUGUUCCUGCGCCUGCCAGGGUAUGCAGAGGUGCUACUGAAAGAGAGGAAGCAUGCCCAGUGUCUGCUGCGCCUGGUGCUGGGUGUCACAGAUGACGGAGAGGGCAGUCAUAUCCUGCAGUCUCCAUCAGCCAACGUGUUACCCACGCUGCCGUUCCAUGUCCUGCGAGCGUUAUUCAGCAGCACCCCUCUUACCACUGAUGAUGGCGUUCUUCUCCGCCGCAUGGCUCUGGAGAUUGGGGCCAUCCACCUCAUCCUGGCCUGUCUGUCGGCUCUCAGCCACCACGCCCCCCGCAACCCCAAUGCCAGCACCAGUGUGUCUGAGCCGCAGAUAUCCAGUUGUCAUGGUGGGGGGACCAGUGAGGAGCAGCAGCUGUACUGGGCUAAAGGAACUGGUUUUGGUACUGGAUCCACAGCCUCAGGCUGGGAUGUGGAGCAGGCCCUCACCAAACAACGGCUAGAAGAGGAACACGUCACCUGUCUACUGCAGGUAUUGGCAAGCUACAUCAACCCAGCAGGCUCCAGCAGCUGCCACAGUGCUGAUGCCUCUUCAGCAGACAGCAGAGCCCACAACAGCUCAGCUCUGCCAGCAGUGCUGCAGGAGCUGUUGAGCCAGUCCUGCCUCAUCCCUGCCAUGUCCUCCUACCUACGCAAUGACUCAGUUCUGGAUAUGGCACGUCAUGUGCCCCUCUAUCGGGCGCUACUGGAGCUGCUGAGGGCCAUAUCCACCUGCACAGCCCUAGUUCCUCUGCUGCUGCCUCUCUCUGGAGACCUGGGACAGGACGAAGAGGAGGAGGAUGAAGAACACUCUGAGGGACAGACCUCUGUAGGGAUGCUGCUGGCCAAGAUGAAGACAUGUGUAGACACAUACACCAAUCGCCUCAGGUCAAAGAAAGAUAAGAGUAAAGGUGUGGUGAAGACAGAUAGCUCAGAUCCAGAGCCAGAGGGUUUGACUCUGUUGGUGCCUGACAUCCAGAGGACAGCUGAGAUAGUCUACGCUGCUACCACCAGCCUACGGCAGGCCAACCAGGAGAGGAAGCUGGUUGAGUCUUCAAGGAAGGUGUCAAGUCGACCCAAGCCCCUGUCCAUCCUCCGAUCUCUAGAGGAAAAAUACGUAGCUGCCAUGAAGAAGCUGCAGUUUGACACCUUUGAAAUGGUCUCAGAGGACGAGGAUGGAAAAGUGAUGUUCAAGGUCAACUACCAUUACAUGUCUCAGGUGAAGAACGCCAGCGACACAAACAGCGCAGCACGAUCCCGCCGCCUUGCCCAGGAGGCCGUCACUCUGUCCACCUCUUUGCCUCUGUCAUCCUCGUCUAGUGUCUUUGUCCGCUGUGAUGAGGAGAGACUGGACAUCAUGAAGGUUCUCAUCACAGGCCCAGCUGACACCCCAUAUGCUAACGGCUGCUUUGAAUUUGAUGUGUACUUUCCCCAAGACUAUCCCAACUCUCCUCCGCUGGUCAACCUGGAGACCACCGGCGGACACAGUGUGCGCUUUAACCCUAACCUCUACAAUGACGGCAAAGUUUGUUUAAGUAUCCUCAACACGUGGCAUGGGAGACCAGAGGAGAAAUGGAACCCACAGACCUCAAGCUUUUUACAGGUGCUAGUGUCGGUGCAGUCCCUUAUUCUGGUGGCUGAACCCUACUUCAAUGAGCCAGGGUAUGAACGCUCCCGCGGGACUCCCAGUGGUACCCAGAGCUCACGGGAAUAUGAUGGCAACAUCAGGCAGGCCACCGUCAAAUGGGCCAUGCUGGAGCAGAUGCGAAACCCCUCACCAUGCUUCAAGGAAGUUAUCCAUAAACAUUUCUACCUGAAGCGAACAGAGAUCAUGUCUCAGUGUGAGGAGUGGAUUGCUGACAUCCAGCAGUACAGCAGCGACAAGAGGGUCGGUCGCACCAUGUCUCAUCAUGCUGCUGCACUAAAGAGACACACGGCUCAGCUCAGAGAGGAGCUCCUGAAGCUGCCCUGUCCCGACGGUCUGGAGCCCGACGGUGACGAGUUCUCAGAACGGAGUGCCGCCCUCAUCCUCAAAGAGCUGCCCAGCCAGGAUGCAGAAAAACCCAGUGGCAGUCAGGACAGCCACUGCAGUGAGGGCCAACUAUGAGUCCCCACCCUCCCGCCUCCUCCCUCCCCAGCAUCUCCAAACCCUCCCCCGUCCUCCCUCCUCAUUCUGAUGAUUAUUACUCUCGUAAAGACUCGAUGGCUUCAGAGCACAAGCCACCACUUUGUCAAUAUUUGUAUGUAAAGAUCUAAUAGCAAAAUAGCAGGGGAUGUGGGGAACGCGAUGAGAUGAACUAUGAAGUAUGCUACGCCCUUAUUGAAAACAGUCGACAAAAACUUUUAUUUACCUGUAAAAGAGUGUAAACAUUUUGUGCUUUUUCCAAUUGUGAAAUAACCACUGAUUGGUAUGUUAUUAAACUUGUUUAUGUAUACUGGCAGAGAAAAAAAUACAGAUUAUAUAAGGGAAACUACCUUUAGAGAAGAAUGUUUACUGAAUGUUAAUUUCCUCUUUUUUUUCUUUUUGACUGUUAGAGCGACAACAGUUGUAACCAAGGAUAUUGGUCAUUCUUUAAGGAUACUAUUUAAAAUAUGAGAGAAAAAGAAACCCACGUAAGAGAAUCUGAGAUAAAAAGCCCCUCUGGUCAUCCAUUGCUUCAUUUGAUUUCUCCAGGAUCAUAUCCACAAUAAAGGCUGAGAUGGACAUUCUUAAAUGCUAUGUUAUCCCUUUUACAGGCUCCAAAUUAAAAAGCACCAUGCUCUGGAUAAACAUUUGUUGCAUCUCAAAACUUCUCCAUCGACAUGACUGUAGAUCGUAAGACUGUGUGUCAGAGCCACAUGGGAAAUGUAUUUUGAAGGCUUGUGCAUGUGUAUGUGUUUUCUGUGCGUGUGCAACAAUCCCCAGUGAGAUACAAAGCUGUGAUGUGCCUUUGAUCUACACCAUACCACCAAAUACUCCAACAGAGUACCUUUACUGAUUUCUUUGCUAUUUCUACAAAAUUAAUAAUUCUGCUCCAUCUGACAUAAAAAAAUUGCUUUGAUCUUUUUUAUUAUGUUGAAUUCCAGUGAACAAAAAAAUGCACUUUCUAUUUUACUCACUCCUUAGAACAGUCACAUACUCCUUUUGCUAGGACAUUAAAUGGAGCUUGAAAGUAA